GUCAAUUUUGUUUUGCCAGCACUGCUUCUCUACAAAGUUUCUUUUAGAAAUUUUAGACCGCUGUCCACAGCAUUGAAACAUUUAAGUUUUACAAAAACAGAAACAAUUGUGUAAAAUGCGACCUUUAAUGCUGCAAGGACACGAGCGUUCUAUAACGCAAAUCAAGUUCAAUCGCGAAGGAGAUUUACUCUUUUCGUGUUCUAAAGAUCAAAAGCCAAAUGUGUGGUAUUCACUGAACGGCGAACGUUUAGGCACAUAUGACGGUCACCAAGGUGCCGUUUGGUGUUUGGAUGUCGAUUGGACUACAUCGAAACUUAUUUCGGGUGCUGGUGAUAUGACUACCAAGAUUUGGGAUGUGGAAUGUGGUGCUGUGAUAGCAUCGAUCCCAGCCAAGUCGUCUGUGCGUACUUGCAAUUUCAGUUAUUCUGGCAAUCAAGCGGCAUACUCUACAGAUAAGGCUAUGGGUCAAAACUCAGAGUUAUUUAUUAUCGAUGUACGCACAGCAGACUCUAGCAUUGCCGAGCAGAACCCUAUUCUACGUUUACCAAUGUUGCCAUCGAAAAUUACUUCUAUGUUGUGGGGACCUAUGGAUGAAACUAUUAUCACAGGACACGAUAAUGGACAAAUUUCUAUUUGGGACAUUCGCAAGGGUGGCCGUGAGAUUAAUUCAGUGAAUGAUCAUACGGCUGUUAUAAACGAUAUGCAAAUGAACAAAGAUGGUACAAUGUUUGUGACCGCUUCCAAAGAUACAUCAGCGAAAUUAUUUGAUUCCGAAUCCUUGAUGUGUCUCAAAACCUAUAAAACGGAAAGACCUGUAAACUCUGCUUCAAUUAGCCCAAUUAUGGACCAUGUAGUGUUGGGAGGUGGCCAAGAUGCUAUGGAAGUGACUACGACAUCAACCAAAGCGGGUAAAUUCGAUUCACGUUUCUUCCACUUAAUCUACGAGGAAGAAUUCGCCCGUCUUAAGGGUCAUUUCGGUCCUAUUAACAGUUUGGCCUUCCAUCCGGAUGGCAAGAGUUACGCUUCAGGUGGUGAGGAUGGUUUUGUGCGUGUGCAAACUUUCGAUAGUACAUAUUUUGAAAAUAUCUUCGAGUAGUUAUAUUUUAGUCAUCCCACAUAACCUUUUUGUAACUGUAUUUAUGUAAAAUUGAAGCUAAUAUGCAAAUAUAAUGUUUGCAAAUAAAACAAAUUUCAAAAGAUA